AUGGUCUUCUGUUGCAUUAAAAAGCGCUUCCUUUUGUGUUUGUGUGCUGCUGCAGGUCUCAGCAUUCGUGGUGCCCAAGAGGAAGACCCUCCGGAUCCUCAGCUCAUGCGUUUAGACAACAUGUUGCUGGCGGAGGGAGUGGCGGGGCCGGAGAAAGGUGGCGGGUCUGCCGCUGCUGCAGCCGCAGCUGCGGCCUCGGGCGGGGCAGCUGACAAUUCCAUCGAACAUUCCGACUACAGAGCCAAACUCACCCAGAUCAGACAGAUCUACCACACAGAGCUAGAGAAAUACGAACAGGCUUGUAAUGAGUUCACUACCCAUGUGAUGAACCUGCUGAGGGAGCAGUCUCGCACACGACCCAUCUCGCCAAAGGAGAUUGAGCGCAUGGUGGGAAUAAUCCACCGCAAAUUCAGCUCCAUCCAGAUGCAACUGAAGCAAAGCACCUGUGAGGCUGUCAUGAUCCUGCGCUCCAGAUUCCUUGAUGCCAGGCGGAAAAGGAGAAACUUCAGCAAGCAGGCAACGGAAAUUUUGAACGAAUACUUCUAUUCUCACCUCAGCAACCCAUACCCGAGUGAGGAGGCUAAAGAGGAGCUGGCCAAGAAGUGCAGCAUCACUGUUUCCCAGGGGGUGGGAAGCACCAUCACAGUAUCACAGGUUUCCAACUGGUUUGGCAACAAAAGGAUCCGGUACAAGAAAAACAUUGGCAAGUUUCAGGAAGAGGCCAACCUGUAUGCCGCCAAGACCGCUGUAAACGCAGCACACGCUGCAGCCGCUGCAGUGCAGAACAGCCAGGCCAACUCCCCUACCACUCCUAACUCCGGAUUCCAGAUGAAAGAUGAAGAGUUUCAGCUGGAUUCUGCAGAGAGCAAAAACUCUCUUUUAAGCAACAUGUUUACUGGUUCUUCAGGUUCUUUUAGCCUCCCAAACUCUGGGGACAUGUUCUUGAGCAUGCAGAGUCUGAAUGGGGAUUCUUACCAAGGGGCACAAGUCGGAGCCAAUGUACAGUCACAGGUGGAUACCCUGCGCCAUGUUAUCAGUCAGACGGCAGGAUACAAUGAUGCUCUGGGGGGGAACACCAUGUAUAGUCCGCAUGGUUUAAAUGCUAAUGGAGGAUGGCAAGACGCAACAACUCCGUCUUCUGUAAUAUCUCCAACAGAAGGGCCUGGCAGUGUGCACUCUGAUACUUCAAAUUGA